AUGCAGUCUCGGAUGUGGGAGACGGUGAUCCUCACAGUUGCGCAGUGCAAUGGAGGUGAAACGGGGUGGAUCGCCAACCAGCGCAUCAUUGUCAUCAUCAUGAUAUUAUUGCGUAGCCGUCAAGCAGAGCCGAAGGACGUUACUGGUCUGAUAGCCACGCCGUCAAUCAGCUUUGAAACCUCCCCACCUGGUUUACCCCGCAGAAACAUCCACCUCAGCUUCUAUCAUAUACCGAUUGGUGUUAUCCUCCAUCGGGGAGUACAUACAAAUUUGACUGCUACCGGUCAAUCCCCACCAAAUCGCAGAAGGGAUAACAAACCGAUACUGCUAAGAUGGUAUCUAGUGGAUUCCACAACUGAGUCGAACGAAUGCGCGGAAUCCAGGGCUGAGACUAUGAUCUGUCACGGGCCAAUGGCCGACCGCAGGGAGUCAAGUGAGCAGCUUAUCCGCUGGGUCUGGGGGAGCUUGAUCCAUGGUACGGCGGACGCAGAUGAGAGACUCUUGUUCUUUGCCAUUAUUUACCAUUUUGGCAACACACGUACGCCGUCGGGUCGCAUUCACUCUCUACAGGGUUUUCUAGAUUCUGACGGCUGCAUGUUAGAAGGGGCGAGGAGAGUACGGUCGAGUGGCGCUCAGUGGCUGCGGAUACUGUCGUGUGUGGUUCGGACUGACCUCCCUCCAGAAGGGAUCGAGACCGAAAGGAAAGAAGAAAAGCAAUUCCGCUAUCUCACCCACGGGAAAGUACGAGGUCGGCAAUGCUGCGUUGUCUCUGAAUGGAGGGGGGCCACUGCUGGUUCCUGGGUGAUGAUGACGGCAAUGAUGUUAAUGGCGACCGAUAAUCGUCAGGCCACAACAAAUGAGAGGGGAGAAUGUCCUGAGGAACGAGCCAGGAUGCAGCAUCGGACUAGGAUGAAUCACUGCCCCGUUGCUAGAGUGAGGGAGAGGGAGCUGGGGGAUGGCCAGCGAAUAACAGACGUAUGGAAGUUGUCCGUCGGAUAA